GACCCCCCUCUGCCCAGCGUCACCCUCCGUCUCCGGUGAGCGAUGGAGGGAGACCCCACCCUGCAGCUCCGCAUCUUCGACCUCAACUGCUGGGCCAUCCGCUACCUGAGCAAGCGGCGGCAGGAGCGUGUCCGGCUCAUCGGGGACAUGCUGCGCCGGGAGGAAUUCGACCUGGUGCUUCUCCAGGAGGUGUGGAGCGAGCAGGACUACGGUGACCUGAAGGUGAAGCUGGGACGCUGCUACCCCUUCUCCCAUUACUUCCGCAGUGGGGUGAUCGGCAGCGGCCUCUGCGUCUUCUCCAGGUUCCCCAUCCUGGACACCCUUCUCUACCAGUACUCGCUGAAUGGGUACCCCUACAUGCUCCAGCACGGGGACUGGUUCUGUGGUAAAUCCGUCGGCCUCGUUGUCAUUAAGAUCUCUGGGAUCAUCUUCAACGUCUAC